AAAACCGAUGUGGUUCUGUGGCAAUUCACUCCAUAUAUUCAUUCGGGCAGCAAGCAAUUAUGAAGGUCUUGUUAUUUGUACUUGUUGCCGCCUUUGUUGGUGCCCAGGCGGAUUUCGUUCGCCUGAAUCUGGACAAUGAGAUUUCGGCUCUCGUGAGUGAAAUCAACUCACCACGUCAUAUUCGUGAUACUAACCCAAUUGCAAGGGCAACUCAGACUGCCCUUGGACAGGCUCUGGAGGAACAACUUAAGAAUGUCACCGAUAAGAUAAACUCAGCCCUAGCAAAAACACACCACGUCAGCAAGGCUCUUCUUGAACAGGCUCAAGAGCUGGCCGAGCGGCUGAAGGUACUUGGUGGCAAGUACCUAGCCGAUGCCAAAGCCGUAAUGAGUAGUCUGAAAGAUCAGCUCUCUGGUUUCACUGACUGGGUGGCCGGGAUUUUCGGCAAACGUGACCUAUUUGAAAACUUCGAGCAGGAACUCCUCGAUGAGACCGUCGCCCUGGUUUUAGCAGAACGUGGUAUUUUUGACUGGUGGGCAAAUGUAAUGGAUAUGGUAACUUGA